AUGCUCAUUCUCUUCAGGUACUGGGACUCGCAGCAGCAGAAGGCUUCUGUGUCGACUGUCGCAGGGAACGGAGAUCUUUCGAAUCAGAACGGCAACGGAGCGUCUGCUAGCUUCAACUUCCCCUCGGACGUAGCCCUGUCCCCCGAUGAAUCAUUCCUCGUCGUCGCUGACUCUCGCAACCAUGUCAUCCGGCGCAUCAACAAGGGGGCACAAGGCUGGUCCUCCAACGAUGUCACCGUGACUACCAUUGCUGGGAACGGUCAGCCAGGACUGGCAGAUGGGAGCGCCACGACGGCUCAGUUUCAGAAACCUUUGGGUGUGGAUAUCUCGCCUGACGGGACGUGGGUGGCUGUGGCGGACAGCGCGAACAACAGGAUAAGAAAGGUCACCUUGGCGACUGGCAACGUGGAGACCAUAGCAGGUUUCACUCAAGGUUACCAGGAUGGCGUUGGGACCCUGUCAAAGUUCUGGUUGCCAGCCUCUGUCUCGUUUCAUCCCCAAGGAACGGGGCUGGCGGUAGCUGAUACGAACAACAACAGGAUCCGAUGGAUCAGCCUGCCCAGCUACUCCGUGACCACCAAGUCUGGAAGGUGCCUGGGGAUCGCAGGCUACGCCAACGGACUGGGCAAGACAGCGGCAUACAACAGCCCCCAGUACGUGAGGGUGUCACCCGAUGGCGUGUGGAUCUACAUAGCCGACGGGCAGAACAACGUGAUCCGCCGCGCGAGGGUGGACAACGGGGACGUGGACUUGUACGGAGGGCUGCCGUCAGUGGCCGGAGCGACAGAUGGAGUGAACAGCACGGACAACACGAUAUACUCGGCCAAGCUCGGCAUUCCAGUGGGCAUCGCGAUCCCUUCCUCCAACGACUGGGUCUACGUGGCUGACUCCCAGUGGGAUCGCGUGCGGAGGGUG